AUGGCACCAAUAUUUAAAAGAGAUUGUGGUCUUGUUUUAUUUGAUGUGGGUUCGUCAAAGAAAGAAGAACUUCUUGAUGGUCUAAUACAAUUUUCGACUUUUAAAUGGUUUAUGAAUUCCAAAAAUUUGUAUAGACUUAUUUUAGUUAAUUCGGAACAAACCUGCAAUGAGAAGAACUAUCCAAAUAUAUUUACAACUGAAAUUGAAGAUUUCGAUCCUAAAGCGGUUACUAAAAUUAUAGAAAACGCUAAAGUGGCAAAAUCUAAUUGGUUAGAUGCCUUACUUCUGGCAAUUUAUCAUUUAGAAGAAGCUGUAGGUAUGAACGGUUUGAUAACUUUACAACUGAUUUUUUUCACUACAUUGGACGUCAUAUAUACACCAGUUCUAGAUGUAUCUAAUAUUCAAACAAUUGUGUCAAAACUCAAAGAACAUAAUAUGUUUCUUUAUAUAAUAGGACCAAACAUAGAAUUACCUUUUGCAAUUACAUCUCCAGGCUUAGUGAAAAAGUGUAUGAAAGAAAUACAAGUUGACCAGAAAAACCAAAAUUUAGUUGUUGCCAAAAGAAUUGUAAAUGAGGGACCUAAUUGUUUACUUUGUAACACAAAAAUUGGUUUACACUUACUGAUCAGUUUUAAGAAUUCUCACGGAAGUCAGCCAUGGAGAAAACCAUUCACUAUUGGUCAUAAAUUAUCAAUUCAAUCUACUACUACAAAGAUUUACAGGAAGGAUAUUUCUCUAAAAAUGUAUUCACCAGUUCAAAGGAAUUUUGUUAAAACUUUGGCAGAAAAUCGAGAUGUAAUAGUAGAAGAUUCUGAAAUAAUUAGGGGAAUUGUUCGCCAUGGAACUUGUUUGAAAAUUGAUGAGGAAAUGUUUAGAAUUGAAACUGAAAGUUGUUUUGAAAUUAUGGGGUUUACACAUAAGAAAUUUGUUUCAGAGACAUACUUAAGAGGAGAAGAUACAUUUUAUGUACUACCAAAUGAGAUUUUCAAUGAUAGUUUUCAAAUAUUUACACAUCUAGUGAACAUUUUAGCUGAAAGUAAUAAGUAUGCUAUUUGCAAAAGGGUAUAUAGUACAAACAACAAACCUCGUUACUUUGCCCUUAUACCUAAUUUGGAUUUUGAUCCGAAAUGUUUUACUAUGACAGGAAUAUCAUAUGUUGAUUAUUUAACACCACAUAAUUUAGUUAUUGACAAUAAAGAAUCAAAGACUGGGAUUUCUAUAGGACCUACGAUGAUGAUAGAGUUUCAUCAACAAAAACUAAUUAAAGCUACAGCUGAGAAGUACUUACAGAAAAAAAUAAACUUCAAUGGAAUGGAUGAAUAUCUAUCUGCGCCAACAAAUAAAUUUUUGGAAACUUUGAAAAGAUCUUGGCCAGCAAGAAAUUUGGAACCUCCAUCAAAACAUUAA